AUGUCUUCAAGGCUUGAGAAGAAAGUUCUUGAAACCGUUGGAGUAUUUGAAGCACUGAAGCAGCAAGGGAGAUAUGAAACCGGACAAUUGUUUCUACACAAUGUGUUUGGCUACAGAGGGAUUGUGCUCUUCCCCUGGCAUGCCCGCCUCUAUGAUCGUGACAUUGCUUUGACUACCACAGAAAGCUCACCAGAGCCCCCAGGUGUGCAAAGUUUUAAAGAGCUGAGCCAAAAAACGCAUGCAUACUACCAAGUCCUUAUAGAUGCAAGAGACUGCCCGUACAUUUCUCAGAGGGCCCAGACAGAAGCAGUGACGUUUCUGGCCCGUCAUGAUGACAACAAGGGCUUCUAUGCAAUACCAGGUUUGGACUAUGUGUGCCAUGAAGACAUCUUACCAUACAGCUCUACUGAUUGUGUUCCCAUCAAGCAUCAUCUUUUUGAGCGCUUCCUUCAGUUUAACUCUUCUAAUGUGCCCCCCUUCAUCCCCACGGAUGUACUACAGGCUUGGCAGAAGACGACCAACCAAUGGCUGGAGUUGUCAGAUGUCCACCGCGAAACCACCGAAAAAAUCCGAGUCACUGUUAUCCCUUUCUAUAUGGGCAUGAGGGAGCAGGAUACUCAGAUUCACUGGUGGCGGUACAGUAUCCGCCUGGAGAACAUGGGGGAUGAAGUGGUCCGGCUGAGAGAGAGACACUGGAGGAUCUUCAGCAUAUCUGGCACCUUAGAAACCGUCCGCGGCCGGGGAGUGGUGGGACAAGAGCCAGUGCUGACCAAAGAACAGCCUGCGUUCCAGUAUAGCAGUCACGUUUCACUGCAAGCGCCCAGUGGACACAUGUGGGGAACAUUUACCUUUCAGCGUGCCAGUGGUGCCAUGUUUGAAGUGGUCAUUCCCUCUUUCUCCCUGGACAGCCAUGGACACAGAGAUAGCCCCUACUCCUUUCUCUGCUGA